UGGAGAGGUUGACUGUAAGUGUUAAUGUGCCACUGUAUACAGCUGCCACUCGCAGGGACGGAUAUCUGUGCUCACACACGGGAAUUAUAACAGCUGUCAUGGCUCCCAGCCUGGCCCAGGCCUACAGGAGGAGGUGGUGGAUGGCCAUCACUGCUAUCAUUGAGAAUCUGCUCUUCUCUGCUGUUCUGCUGGGCUGGGCUUCCCUGCUCAUCAUGCUGAAGAACGAAGGCUUCUAUUCCCACCUCUGCCUGGCAAAUGAGACCAGUGGCCCUAACAGAACCAUGGUACUGGGCAGCAGAAGACCCAGUUGUGUGGAGCAGGAUGAGAUGCUGAAUCUGGGCUUCACCAUCGGCUCCUUCUUCCUCAGCGCCGCCACUCUGCCCCUGGGAGUUCUGAUGGACAGAUUCGGACCACGACCAAUCAGGCUCAUUGGAAGUUCCUGUUUUGCAGCAUCCUGUGCAAUGAUAGCUGCUGCUGCAUACGACCCUGAAGUGCUGUCUGUCCUCAUUUUCUUUGCUGUUUCCUUCAACGGGUUUGGAGGAAUCUGCCUGACCUUCACAUCUCUCACAAUGCCUAACAUGUUUGGAAAUAUACGAUCAACCAUCCUUUCCCUGAUGAUCGGCUCCUACGCUUCUUCAGCAGUCACCUUCCCAGGAAUAAAGGUGCAUAAACCUGCACCCAUGCACAUAUACAAAGAUCCAUGCUCCAUCCAAAAUUAA